UCACUUUUUUGCUUUGCCCCACCAGAUCAGAUUUUUUGGAUGUUUUGAUUUUCAAUUUUUUUUUACAGCUAAAUAUUGAAGUCUAAAGCUAUAUAUGGUGAAGCUGCCAACUCGAUCCUUGCCUCUUCAUCCCCCCAAAUAAUUCACAUAAUUGGCCCCCCACCCUGUCGCAAUCUGAGACGACCACAAAAAAACACAAACACAACACGAGCCAGGAAUAAACCAUCCCUCCAGUGCAAUUCCUCCCCCGGUUUCACUCCACUGUACCAUCCCCUCAAUAUAAUCUCGUUUUCCCCGUGGUUAGAUAUACUACUUCUCAUCUCAUUCUCCAGCGGUGAGUGAUAUUGGUUUUCACUAGUUCCUUCUCACGCGCCGCCCCUACCAUGGUUCACCACCACUUUCUUAUCCUCGCAUUCCCGGCUCAAGGCCACAUCAAUCCGGCUCUCCAGCUCGCCCACAGACUCAUUCGCAUGGGCGUCCUCGUCACUCUCUCCACCACCGUUCGCAUGCACCGUCGUAUGGACAAGACAUCAACUAACAUCCCUGGCCUCUCCUUCGCCCCCUUCUCCGAUGGCUUUGAUGACGGUUACAAACCCGAAGAAGGCAGCGACGAUUUGAAAGCCAGCGCCGAGCACUACAUGUCGGAGUUCCGGCGUCGUGGCUCCGAGUCUCUCGCCGAUCUCAUAGUCUCCUCCAAACAGAAUGGUGGCCAUCCUUUCACUUGUAUUGUGCACACCAUGCUUCUUCCCUGGACAACAGAGCUGGCACGCCAAUUUCAUCUUCCUUCAGCGCUAUUGUGGGUCCAACCCGCCACGCUAUUCGACAUCUUCUAUUACUACUUCAAGGAUGACAACUUAAUCAAGAACAAACUCUCAUCGGCUUCAAAUUCAAUAGAGUUACCGGGCCUGCCGCCUUUGGAACCGCCGGAGCUGCCGUCAUUUAUUACAUGCCUGUCCGGCACUUAUGCUUUUGUCCUGCCGUUGAUGGGAGAGGAACUCCGAAUCCUCCAACAAGAAGCCAAUCCAACGGUGCUGUUGAACACGUUCGAGGAGCUAGAAGCCGACGCUCUAAGAGUCCUCGAUGACAGUUUCAGAGCGAUUGCAGUCGGCCCAUUGGUUCCGUCGAUUCUUUUAGACGGGGAAAACCUUUGGGACACCCGCAAUGACUACAUGGAAUGGUUGAGUUCAAAACCAGAGUCAUCGGUGAUUUACAUAUCGUUCGGGAGCCUAUGCGUGCUGCCGAAGAGACAGAUGGAGGAAAUCGCGCGUGGUUUAAUUGACAGCGGGCGUCCAUUCUUGUGGUCAAUCAGAGAGGAGGAAGAGCAAGAGAAGGUGAGCGAGUACGCGGAGGAAAUGGAAGAGAAGGGGAAGAUAGUGAGGUGGUGUAAGCAGGCGGAGAUACUGUCACACAAGUCGGUGGGGUGUUUUGUAUCGCACUGUGGGUGGAAUUCGAGCCUGGAGAGUCUGGUGGCGGGGGUGCCGGUGGUGGGAAUACCUCAGUGGGCAGAUCAGACGACAAACGCCAAGUUGAUAGAGCAGGUUUGGAAGACCGGGGUGAAGGUGAGGGUGACAAAAGAGGAGGACGGCGCCGGAAUAGCGAGAGGGGAGGAGAUAAGGAGGUGCGUGGAGGAGGUGAUGGGAAAUGGAGAGAGGGGGAAGGAGGUGAAGAAGAAGGCGGCCGAAUGGGGGGAGGUGUCGAGGGAAGCCGGGAAGGCAGGUGGUUCCUCUGACAGCAGGCUGAGGGCUUUGUUGGAUGAGCUUGUCUCAGCCCCCAAUAACUAGUUGUUAAUUUGAUUGUCGUUAUAAUUAAGAGUGAUCAAUUUGGUCUUACUAUAAUUUCUAUUUACUGGGCAUAUGUACGAAGGCCUUGUGUAAAACAGAAACUAGGAAUAGUACGGGAGGCAGUCCGCGGUGGCGGGUGUUAGUGGGAUUGUGGAAGCUAGGCAGCUAAGACAACGCAUGUUCCGUUUGUGCUACAUAGUUUAUAUGUGGCUUACCGUUAUCAGCCAUUGCAAAUCAAUGAAGUCAGCUUAUAUUCAA